UAUGGGAUUGCCCAAAUGUGCGAAUGGUUCUUUCAUUUCCUUUAAAAUGCUGAAAUGCGUCUUAUAGUGCAGAACUGGAGCGGUCCCAACUGCGACCAUAUUCUCCACUUGGUUAACUGUACCAUGACAGUGGUGCAUUCUCGGCUAUAGAUUGAAAAACAAGUGGAGGAUGUUGCAGACCGCUCCACCCCUCCCACACAGCCUGUGUCGAGACCCAGCGCCUCUCCGCUCCAUCUGAGUGAUGAGAGACCGUUCAGUCGUUCUCCUUUGAACACACCCAGCCCUCAGACGGGACACACCUGGGGAGAGAGGUCAUAUGAAAGCGAGAAUUAUUUCGACACGGCACAUUUCAGCAGUGAACAGUGAUAUUUCCGCGGGCUGCGUGGAAGAAAAUACUGGGAUGACUUGUGCGAGGAGGGAAACAGUGACGGACGACGUAAAUAUUUACAUGCCCUUGUUCACAGCAGUACUGCUCGCCGUCGACUAAACUCGCACAGAAACCUACAUCGUGUGCGUAUGAGAGAAUGCGGAGGAACAAACAGCUCAAACAGCGACUGAAAUAAAAACAGAGACAGAAAACGAAUCAUCCUUGCGUGAGAGAUGACAGGUGUGAGGUGAGCAGAAGGACUUUUAAAACACUGUUCUCCAAUAAACUUUAUAGGAACGCUAAGGCUUAUUUCUUAUCUUCACUUGUUUCUUACAAAAUCUCAUAUACAAUGUAAAAGGACUUUAAAUAGUUUAAUGUGAAUGCAUUUUGAAAGUAUGCCCAGUCUGGAGGCCCAUUUCCAGGUUGAGACCUUAUAACCAAACAUGGGAGCGAAGCAAACAAAAGCUGCGGGACAGGAGGCAGGAGCAAGCCCUCAGAGCACAGGAUGGAAACGGACCCCCACGAAAGAGCGAGGCGACAUCCUUACCUCUUUAAUGUUGAGGUCAGGAGACAAACUGAGGAGCAGCGGGACUCCUCCUCCCUACCAGCGGCGCAUCGGGAUGAUACAAGAGAUGAUGCUGAUGGCAAAGCAGGGGAAACACGAUGAAGCGACAGAGAUGCUGAAGACUCUCCGGCAGGAUCUGGGAAUGGAGUCAACCUCUCUGGACGAUGUUCUCUACCGCUAUGCCAGUUUCCGCAACCUGGUGGAUCCCAUUACCCAUGACCUCAUUAUUAGCCUGGCCAAAUACAUUCACUGCCCAAAGGAGGGAGAUGCUUUGGGUUCCAUGGAGAAGGUGUGCCGUCAGCUGACCUACCACCUGAGCCCACACUCCCAGUGGAGACGGCAGGGGCUGCUGAAGAGGAAGCCACAGUCCUGUCUGAAAUCAGUUCUUUCAAGCCCUCCAUCCAGUGGGUCAUUAGACCUGUCCGGCAUCCCUCUUGGAGUGAAAGACAUGGAGCGUCUCUGUGCCUACCUUCAUCACCAGGCGUCCCGCAUCGGCAGCAUAGAGCUGGGCUUCACCGAGCUCACAGACGAUGCCUUCCUCCUUCUCCUCCCCACGCUGGCAUCCCUUCCCCGCCUCGAGACUCUGGCCCUCAAUGGUAACAGGCUGACCCGUGCCGUGCUCAAAGAGCUCACAGACACGCUGAAGGACCCUGACAGCUUUCCUAGCGUCACCUGGAUCGACCUGGGGAACAACGUGGACAUCUUCUCCCUCCCGCAACCGUUUUUGGUGAGCCUGCGCAAGCGCUGCCCCAAACAGGGCAACCUUCCCACCAUCCUGGAGUUCGGCGAGAGUCAGGCCAGCGAGCUGGAGGGCCGAGUGGAUGAGGACGACGCCGAUGAUACGAACAGGACAGAGAGCAUGGGAGAGCUCAGAUCUGAGGUAGAAGAAGAGAUUGACGGUGAGAUGGAGAUCGAGGACAUGAUGGAGGAGUUGCUGGACUUUGACAGGGAGGUGCAGGGCAAGGACGAGGACGACAGUAUGUGGACCUUGGAGGAGCAGCGGUUGGUAAAAGAUCCAGUCGCAAAGCGGAGCAAAGAGAAGAAGCCGUUCAAAGCAGAGGGUGAAGAGGACUUACAAAGCCAGUCUUCCCAUCUGUCUUGCUCCAGUCAGUCACAGCACUCCUCUGGAGCCAUUGAGCCUUUAAGAGAAGACUCUGUCCCAGACCAGUUAGCAUGUAAUUCGGGCAACCCUACCUGAUUAAAGCCACUGUCUAAUUUGAGUCUAUAACCGUAGUCCCUUUAAGAAAAAGAGAGAGCUAGGAAGAGUGUGACAGGCUUGUUUUCAGACUGGGUUGUCCAUGAAGUCCUGGGAUUCAGCAGGUUUUAUAGGUUUGACAAUCACAGCGGUUGUCUGUUGUUGCAAAGGAGAAAUGAAUCACUUGUGAGGUACAGAUAUGUCAAAUAUACUUUCCAUUCAGGUUUUCCCCUUCACUGUCAUAACCAUAAACCUCUGUGCCUAUGUGCCUGUUCAGAACCCUGCUGGAGUGGCAUGUGUGUGUAGGUGUACAUUUAGAUGUGAUCAGUUUUAACAUGCUGGGUAUAAGCAGAUUGGCUUGGGCAUCAUGGAUCAAUGUGUCCAUCUAUGCAUCUGAUUGUUGCAAGCAUCACAUUUUCUCCAGCAGUGGAAAACAACCUAAAUUCUAUUCAGUAUCAUCCAGUGAAUAUGCAUGUCCCGGGUGUCAGGUGGAUGGGACGCAAAUAUUAAGCUCAUAUUAAGUGCCCCUAAUUUAUACAGUGGAAAACCAAAAUCUCUUGUCACAGUGUUGGCCCAAAACAAUACAGAGCAGCGGGAGUGAAGCCAAAGAGAAAAGACUCACUAUAUGGAACCAAGUGUUGUUUGGCUACACAAUAGUAUAUAAUACUGAUAUUCUGUUUUUGUUGCUUGACAUGGAUUUUGAAGACAGUGUGAGGUUUCUUAGCUCUGUUCUUUAGAAGUGAACCUUUAACCACUAAAAUGAUAUUGUUUCAUUUCUAUUUAUCCGCUGAUUUAAAGGGAUUUUAAUAGUAUAAACAUCUAUUUAGUGCCUAAUUGGAAUUUUACAUUAUUCAAAUGUAAUUCAAAGUAGUUCUGAUAUGCCAGUAAAUAAAAGUAUUGUUUCAAUGACAGUGUAUAUUGAUUUGUCAUAAUGGAAAAAAGUUGUUUUAUUACAUUAUGUAAAAUUCCCAAUUUGAGAAUUAGGAUUUAUAUUAUAUCCAUUUAUACUGUAGUACUUUGUAUAAUAUUAUAUGCUUACCUGCAAAAUCUUGCUCAGUGUUUUUUUUUUUUUUUUUUUGUUUUUUUUUUACAUAGAAUUAAGAUCCCUCCUCAAAAGAUGGUUUAUAACAUAAAUUAUUUAGCAUAAUUAAAGGAAGCUCCUGUAGUAAAGUUAACCAACCUAUUUCAGACUGUUGUGUCAGUUUAUGGUCACCAGGUAGCCUAAAAUUAUCCUGCUGUGUUUCAAAGCCAUAACUUCUUAACAAGUUGUGCCAUUACCGAAAUUAUAUAUAUAUAUAUAAGUGCACUGAAGAGCUGUGUUCAAUAAUUUUGUCAAUAUUUCUGUAUUCCCACAAUGGUUAAUAAAGCAAGGAGAAUGCUAUAAUGACAAGCAGCAAUA